AUGGAUCUUGCGAGGGGCGCCAUGGGCGCCCUGCUGCCCAAGCUGGUGGAGCUCCUCAAGGAGGAGUACAAGCUGGAGACAGGGCUGAGGAAAGACGUCAAGUUUCUCGAGAGGGAGAUGAGGAGCAUGGACGCCGCCCUCCGCAAGGUAGCUAGGGUGAGGCGUGACCAGCUCGAUGAGCAGGUCAAGAUCUGGGCCGAUGAUGUCAAGGAGCUAUCAUAUGGGAUGGAAGAUGUCGUUGAUAGAUUCCUUAUACAUGCCGAAGGCUCUGCGCCUGACCCCGAUGUAGAUAGCUUCAGGGGGUUCAUGAGGAAGGUGCUAAGUUUGUUCAAGAAGCGCAAGACUGACCACCACAUUGCCGAUGCAAUCAAUGACAUCAAGGAUCAGGUCCAUGAGGUAGCCUCUCGGCGUGACAGGUAUAAGAUAGAUGAUGCUAAUUGUAAUCAGGCUAGCACAACUACCGUUGAUCCUCGCGUGCUAGCUCUGUUCAAAGAUAAGAGAGAGAUCAUCGGUAUCGAUGGGCCAAGAAACGAGCUAAUAGAGAGGCUGUUAGGUAAUGGUGAUGCCGUGUCCAAUACCGAGCAGCCACUCAAGAUACUCUCUAUCUUUGGAUUUGGUGGACUUGGCAAAACAACUCUUGCCAAAGCAGUCUACGACAAGCUACAAGGAUUUGCUUGUAGGGCUUUUGUCCCAGUUGGUCAAGAUCCCGACGUGAAGAAAGUUUUGAUGGAUAUUCUCCUCCAACUUGACGAGGGUUCUUGCUCAAACAUAACAAUGUUGGAUGAGUGUCAGCUCAUCAGAAAACUUCGAGGAUUGCUUGAUGGCAGGAGGUACCUGAUCGUUAUUGAUGACAUAUGGUCUACAAAGUCCUGGGAAGUAAUCAGAUGUGCUUGGGUUGAUAAUGAUUGUGGAAGUGUAAUCAUCACAACUACUCGUAUUCUAGAAGUUGCUGAAGAGACUGGCCAUGUUUACAUGCACAAGCCACUUUCUAGUGAGAAUUCCAGAGAGCUAUUCUACAGAAGAUUAGCUGUUGGUAAAAGCAAAAACUCUUAUGAUAAGUCGGCUGAGAUAUCUGAAAAGGUCAUACGGAAAUGUGGUGGUGUACCACUAGCUAUCAUUACAAUAGCUAGUUUGCUGGCUAGUAAACCAGCAGAGGAUUGGCCAGAGGUGUACAACUCAAUUGGUUUUGGCGAUGGAAAUAACAUACAUGUGGAUAACACAAGAAAGAUAUUGCUAUUUAGCUACUAUGAUCUGCCAUUCGAUCUGAGGACCUGUCUCUUGUAUCUAAGCCUAUUUCCAGAAGAUAGUGAGAUUGAAAAAGACGCUUUGAUAUGGAAGUGGGUAGCGGAAGGUUUUGUCAACGAGAAACAUGAGAUGGGGUUGUUCGCGUCGGGAGAAAAUUGCUUUAACGAGCUUAUAAACAGGAGCAUGCUCCUGCCAGAAAAGAGUUCUCACGAGGAUGGCAUAUUUGGUUGUCGUGUGCAUGAUUUAGUGCUUGAUAUGAUCCUUUCCUUGUCAAAGGAAGAAAAGUUUGUUACCGCAUUUCAUGGUAACAAGCAAUGCACCUUUUCGGAAAGCAAUAGUCGUAGGAUAGCAAUCAUCCAAAAGAGAUCCUCAUUGGAGCAGCAAGAGCAAAACCCCAAUUUUGCAAACAUGCGCACGCGACAAGUGAGGACAUUUGUUUCCACCAGGUCUCAUCUUGGUAUGAUGCCAUCUCUUUCAAGCUUUCAAGCAUUGCGUGUCCUAGCAUUAGAAAGGUGUACCUUUACAGAGGAUCAUCCUUAUGAUCUCGUGAAUCUCGGGAGAUUACUUCAUCUUCGGUACCUGGAGAUCCUGGACAUGCCUAUUGCUGAUCUUCCAACAGAAAUAGGAAAUCUUAAGUUCUUGCAGACACUAAGCCUGCUCCAAACACACAUUCCUGAGUUGCCACAGAGUGUUAGCCAGCUAGUGCAGUUGAAGUGUCUGCGCUAUGACGGUAUGGUGUCAGAUUGGAUCGGGAAGCUAAUAUCCUUGGAAGAGCUAUCAUUCGUCAUUGUUUCCCCGAGUUCCGUGAAAGAGCUAGGCAAGCUGACGGAAAUGAGAGAGUUCCGUGCUGAUUUUGAAGAAUUCAACAAUGAGUCGUUCAAAGUUCUGAUGGAGUCGGUAGGGAACAUGCAGAAACUCCAGACCAUCAAAAUUACCCCUUAUUGGUUCGAUGUUGAGUUUUUACUUCAGUUGGAGGGUUAUGAAGCCUACGUUCCUCCCCGGGGCCUCCGUUGUCUAAGGCUGAAUGGUGUCGUGUUUCCUAGGCUGCCGGUGUGGAUUGAUUACUCAUUUCUCCCGCACCUCACCGAACUGAGUUUGAUGUUGAAGGUCGUGGAGGCGCGGGGCGUGGAGAUCCUCGGGAGGUUCUCAGAACUCGUUACCCUCGAUCUGUCGACUGGUUAUCACGACGGCGUCGAACUUGCUGAUCUCGUUGUUGGCGCAGGUGCAUUCUCCAGGCUGAGAUGCCUUGCAACGAAUGCGACGCUCACAUUCCUGCGGGGAGCCAUGCCCAGCCUCGAAUGUGUUUACUAUUGGCUCAAGACGCCGCAGGCCAUGCAUCAUACCUGUGCUACCAUAGGGAACCUCCUUUGUCUUGAGGAAUUCACAGUAUAUGUGAAGUUUGAUAGCGAUGCCUUGUUGAAGGAGGCCAAUGAAGCGUUCGGCCAUGCGCUGAAGGACCAUCCCAAGAGACCCUCAUUAUACGUACGCUUGUCAUAG